UUGCGUAAGUUAUAUUCCCCACAUGCUUCCGGUUUCACGUCAAUUGCGAAAGAUCAGCAGCAAACUAGAGUGAGUGACAACAUACGUACUACAUAAUCCAUUGAACUGUCUGUAACUUAAGUGACACAAUGCCUAAGAAGGGUAAAGCUAAGACGAAACAACAGGAAGAGUGGAACGACGACGACGAUGAUCAAACUUUAGAAGAGAGAAUGGCGGGUUUAGGAACGGAAGAGAAUGGCGCUGAAGUUCCAGAUAAAAGCAAAAAGAAGAAAAAUAAAGAAAAGGGAAAAUCUGCCAAACUCAAAAAGUUGGCUGAAUUUUUUGCUGCAGAAGAUGAGGGAGAUGAAGAGACUACAACAGAAAAAGAGCCUACAGAUACAAAACAAGAAACACAAAAACCUCCUACAGUAGAUCGAGUGUCACCAGACGAUAUGUACAAUGAGGAUGGAGAGGAGGCUGAUGGAGACAUGAAUGGUGAUGAGCAGAAAGAUGAUAAAGAAGAAGAAGAAGAGGAAGCUAAACCUAAACUUAGUAAAAAAGAACUCAAGAAAUUGAAGAAAAAGAUGGAGUACCAGAAACAGUUGGAAAGUUUGGGUCCGGACAGUAUAGAACAGUUUUCUGUGUCUCAAGCAGAGAGGUCCUCCAAAGCAUCACAGCUCGACAACCAACUUGACAUCAAGGUGGAGAAUUUCUCAAUAUCAGCUGCUGGAAAGGAUCUCUUUGUGAAUGCCAGUCUACACAUUACAGCCGGACGCAGAUAUGGACUUGUUGGACCUAAUGGACACGGAAAGACAACCUUACUGAGACACAUACAGAAAAGAGCACUAUAUAUCCCAUCCAACAUAGAUGUUUUGUAUUGUGAACAGGAGGUUGUGGCUGAUGAAACACCCGCCAUUGAUGCUGUAUUAAAGGCCGAUGUUAAGAGAACAGAACUAUUAGCUGAGGAGAAAGUAUUGUUUGCUGAACAGGAGAAAGGCAAUACGAAAAACUCUGAACGUUUAAAAGAGGUUUACGAGGAGCUUAUAGCUAUCGGAGCUGAUGCUGCAGAACCCAAGGCGAGGAGGAUUCUGGCUGGUCUGGGAUUUACCUUUGAGAUGAUGAACCGCCCCACAGUAGCCCUUUCUGGAGGCUGGAGAAUGAGAGUCUCACUUGCUCGUGCCCUCUUUCUGGAACCAACGCUCCUUAUGUUGGAUGAACCUACCAAUCAUCUAGACCUCAAUGCCGUUAUCUGGCUUGAUAAUUACCUACAGACCUGGAAGAAGACAUUACUUGUUGUGUCUCACGACCAGAGUUUCCUCGAUAACGUGUGCACAGACAUCAUACAUCUCGACCAACAGAAACUUUUCUACUACAGAGGCAAUUAUGGAACAUUUAAAAAGAUGUUGGUACAAAAACGAAAAGAACAGGCGAAAGCUUAUGAAAAACAGGAGAAGAUGCUGAGGGAGAUGAAAUCCUCAGGAAAGUCUUCAAAACAAGCUGAAGCAAAACAGAAGGAAGCCCUUACUAGGAAACAGCAGAAGAACAAAGACAAACAGAAAGUGUUUGCCGAGGAAGAAAAAAAGACAGAACUGUUACAGCGGCCUAAGGAUUAUACAGUCAAGUUCCAUUUUCCAGAUCCCACACCUCUCAACCCUCCAAUCCUCGGGGCUAUGAAUGUGAAUUUCUGGUACAAGAAAAGUGAAAUAUUGUUUAAAAACUUGGAUUUUGGUAUUGAUAUGAACUCCAGAAUUGCCAUUGUUGGACCCAACGGUGUUGGAAAAAGUACAUUCCUGAAAUUGCUGACACAAGAACUAGACCCAGUAAAUGGAGAAGUCAGGAAAAAUCAUAGAGUGAGGAUUGGUAAAUAUGAUCAGCACUCUGGAGACCAGCUCAACUCAGAUGAAUCUGCUGUGGAAUACCUUCAGAGACUGUUUAAUCUUCCGGUCCAGGAAUCGAGAAAGAUGUUGGGAAAAUUUGGACUUGCUAGUCAUGCCCACACAAUCAAAAUUUCCAAUCUUUCUGGAGGUCAGAAGUCAAGGGUUGCACUGGCUGACCUUUCAUGCCGGGCUCCAGACGUACUUAUUUUGGAUGAACCUACAAAUAACUUAGAUAUUGAGUCUAUUGAUGCCCUGGCAGAUGCCAUCAACGCAUAUAAAGGAGGUGUGAUCAUCGUCAGCCACGACGAGCGACUGAUUCGGGAGACUGACUGUCAGUUGUGGGUGGUUGAGGAUCAGUCAGUAAAUGAAAUUGAUGGUGGAUUUGAUGACUACAGACGUGAAUUGCUAGAAUCUUUAGGAGAGGAAGUAAUGCUACCUCAGCCUGAUAUACUUGCUGAAUGAGAUAGAUUAUUGUCAUUGACUUUCAAAGACAACAGAAAGUGUUUCCUAGAGACAAGUGUAAUUUAUAUAAAGACUCUUCUAGAAAAUGAAAACUGUUCCAGACAGCAAAAGAUAUCAUUGUUGUUUCAAAUUAAUUAAAAAGCAACCUUUGGAAAAUAU